AUGGGCAUCGAAUUCAUCGGUCCCUACAAACAAUUGCCUCUCGUCACUGAGCCUACCCUCCACUCCAGCGCCAAUGGAGCCGUGAAAUUGUCGCAGCUUAGGCCAUUUCACAAUCGGUCAACCGGCUCAGUCACCCCGCUCGGCCAUUUCACUAACCGUUUGGGCAAAAGGCUUCCGAACACCUUAUCCGCCUGGUCAGAUGAACCAGCCUACAGCUCUUCUGCCUCGAUUAGUGUAGCCGACUCUUGGCCUUCAGAAAGCCUCCCGACAGGAGGGUAUUGUCACCCCAACCGACUCGUCAGCAAGGACGGCCUUUUGCCAGUGGUCCUUGAGGCCGGGCCGGAGACUGAGAUGUCGAGUACCACCGUCACCAGGUUGGCCACUCGAGAGGAGGGACACUCCCCGUCUGGCUCCAGCCAAAUCUGGACGGAUGCGGAAAUAGUGGCCAGGGGUGCUGGAUUCAAGCUGAACUACGCCGACUCCGGUCACCAACGCAACAAAAAGGCAUCGGCCGCACCAGAAUCCAGAGGCGACGGGAUUCUAGAAACCGACACUCAAGACAUUCAUCUUCUCUUGCUGGUCAUGUCACUCUGCCACACAGUCCGUGUUGAGCGUUUUUUCCCCGACGACUUAAUGCUCGAGCCCAGUACCGAAGGAGAAGAAGAAGGUUCUGUCAGAAUUCAGUUGUCACCGGCCCACACGACCGUGAUGGAGGCGGCGGCAGGAACUGAAGAGGCUUCUGUGAAUGCAAACUCGUUGCCGAGGCACUCGGUCCAGGAAACGCCGAACAAGAGUCAGAGCUCAGAACUGAAAAGGAGGCGACCGGUCUCCGCAGUCUCUGGACUUAGCAUAAGUCGCUAUGGUGACUCGAUUGGCAGUAAGGCUGGCAGUUUCACCACAGUUGGUUGUGCCACAUGUACGGGUAUCGGUGACGCCGGCAGCACAGCGACGGCAACGGCAACGGCGACCGGCGUCUCGCCCAACAGCCAACAUCCGAGUGGCAAGAAACCUCCUCGUCGUGGCAACAGCGCCCUGCGUCGCGCCUCGGCCGCCAAAUCGGCAGCCGCGGCUGCAAGACGCCUCGGCCCAGGCGGUCGAGGUGGCGGAUAUCGUUCGGACGGCUCGGAGUACAACUACCAGGUGGGUGGUGGAUGGUAUGUGAUGAACACUUCCGUGACCUCUUGCACCCUCGGGACGAUCGUCGUCAGUAUGACCUGA